AAGAAUUAAGUUAGGCUUCAAACUUAACGACAGGUGGUUAGAAAAGUGUUUAUAAAUAGUUGCAAGUCAUAGAACUUUGCCUUUGUUUUGUAAACGGGUUUUUAAUUUCACAAUUUGAAUAUUUUUACAAUUUUUAAUAUUUUGGGCUUUGAUUACAGCAAAAUUCAAUGAAAUCCUAGCUAAAUGAACAUAAAUUAUUGUUUAACAAGCAAAAACGAUAAUUUAAUGUUCUAUUUCAAUCAAAUUAAGACACAUCAUCAAAUUUCUUACUUAUACUUUGACCAUAGUUACUAAAAGCAUUCUAAUAUGAGUUAUCAUUGGAAAUGCAGUGUCAGAAGUAUGAAAAUAUUAAUUUAGCAGCUGUGGAAUGCUAUUUUUACACAUCGAAGUUCAUUGAUAGCUGAUUGCAUCUCUCAAACAAUGAAAAACUUAUCUAUAACAAUUAAAUUAUAAAUUUCCUAAUAAAACCUUGAUUCCUAAAGAUUUUUCACUAUCAUUAUGCAAUCUAAGGCCACAAUAUCCUGUCUAAUGAAUUUCUUUAAUGUUCCACGCGUUCUACUUAAUCGUUUACUUAUCGCUGAUGCCGCUGAUUUUAUCAAAGCUGAGUCCACAAUAAUGAACAUUUAAACUAAAUGAUUAUCUCACAAUUUAUUCACUCAUUCAUUGUAAAUUACAUCUACAACAAUGAACGACUCCAAGUUUUUGAUGUACUUUCAAAAUGUGCAUUUUAAGUUAAUAUUUGAAGAUAAAUUAGAACAAUUUGAUAAUUUAAAGACCAAUGCGUCCAGAAUUCAAUUUUUGACUGCUUUCUGUACGGAUUUUCAGUAUGAUUUUGUUGCAGAACUUGUUAAAGAUUUAAAAAGUGCUGAAAAACUAAAAAUUCGAGGUGAUAAAUGUCUUCAUGAAGAGAUUAAUGAUCAGGCGGUGAUUCUCUACAACGAAGCGAUAAAAAUAUGCCCACAGGAUACUUCAGAAGGCAAAGAAUUAUAUUCAAAUUUAAUAGCAAAUCGUAGUGAAGCGUUUUUUAAUGAUGGCCAACACCAAAAAUAUCUUCAAGAUGUUGCUUUUCUACAAAAACAUGGCUACCAAACCAAGAUUAUCACAAAUAAACUCCUGGAAGCAACACAAAGUCAAAGUUUACUGAGUUUAAGACAAUCUGAGUUUAAAAACACCGAACGUAGUCCAAAAAAUGUAUCAUAUCCUGCAUUGUCAAACAAAUUAACAAUAAAACACAAUAACACCAUGGGACGAUACGUUGUGGCCUCUGAAGACAUCAAAACAGGUGAAAUUCUCGCCGUGGAGCAUCCAUAUGCUUCAGUAAUAAAACGACAAUCAAACUGUGGACAUUGUGGAACGUCCAGCGAUCAAAUUUACGCAUGUGACGAAUGUCAAACAAUAUACUGCAGUCUUAAAUGUUUAGAAAAAGCAAAAAUAUAUCAUCAAUAUGAAUGCGCCAUUUUGUUACCAUUGUUGGACCUUGUUGACUUCUGGUUACCACUGCGAAUGGUAACACAACGCUCUCUGCAGCAAGUUAUCAAUGAUACCAAACUGAAGAAAGCAGAAAUAUACAAAACUGAUGAUUAUUACAAUGUUAGUCAACUUGUACAACAUGAACACAAACGUAGUCCGGAUGUAAUGUUGCAUAAAUCAUUAAUUGUGACGUUUUUUGUACAAUUACUAAAGAAAACCGGAUAUUUUGGAUGUGUAAAUGGUAACAUUGGUUUAUCUAAUGAUGAAAUAUUUAUUGGAGAGUUACUUUUUCUAUAUAUUGAGAUAUCAAAGUGUAAUUCACACGCAAUCUAUACAAUGCAUGAUGGAAACGAUUACAAAAAUUGUGGAGUAGGAUUAUAUCCAACAGUUUCGUUGUUUAAUCACUCCUGUGACCCAUCUGUGGAAAAGUAUAAUGUUAAAAACAUGAUUGUGGUACGUAGUGUAAAACCAAUCAAAACAGGUGAUGUUGUUUAUGAUAAUUACGGCCCAUUGUACAUGUACAACACAAAAACUGCACGACAAGACAAAAUGGCGGACGAUUAUCAGUUCACUUGUGUUUGUCAAGCAUGUGUUGAGGAUUGGCCUCUUUUAACAGACAUGAACACAAAGAAUUUAAGAGUUUUAUGUUGUUGUGGUGGAAGUAUACUCCUCAACAUUUCUGAAAAGAUGAAAAAUGAUUUAGGGUUAUCCACAUGCUCAAAAUGUCAGAAAAAACAAAAUUUGGAAUUUAUGCGUGGGAUUUUAUUGGAUUUGGAUAAACAAGUAAAAAAAGCAAAUAAAUUGUUUAUCAAUGGUAAUUAUGGCAAAGCUCAACUAAUAUAUGCUAAUAUAAUCGACACACAAUUAAAAUACUUUGCUCCACCAUUUGUAAGUUUACUCACAGCUCAGGAAAGACUUAUUGAUUGUUUUCGGUAUAAUGGUAACACUAAAACAUAAUUAUUCAAAAUAAAACCAUUUUAUUAAUAAAAACAAGUAAAUUAUACAAUUAAACAACACAAAUAUAAAAUAUCACUAGUAAGAAAUUAA